UCGAAAAUUCUUGGAUUUUCAAAACUAGUUGUAACCGUUAAACGCGGGAUUGUCUGUAAUCUUCAUUCUUUUCUUUCUUAUUUUCUGUCCAGUGAAAAAUCUCAUUUUAAUCGACUUUUAUGAAUUGAUAAUUGUUUGAAUGUUAAUCAUCAAGUUCGCCUGAUGGCAGAAUUCUAUUUCAAUCAGUCCAAACCCGAUAGACGUGCGAUGAAAAAUAAUUCGAAUGUUACCGGAAUGUCUACGAAUAAAAACGGCGAAUUCAAAGUGCCAUUUCCUCCUCGAUCAGUUACGCAAACAUUGUGCAGCAAUUCACGUCAACCACAACAAAAUCAAGAAGGAUCGGCUUUAAAAUGUUUGCAACCGAUCGCCGAAAAAUUCGAAGUGUUCGAUAAGCUUGGAAUUGUUCCCCAAGAUGUUGUUGAAAAAAUGACAUCGGAGUUUUGUCAGAAAUUAAACGCUGUGUGCAUGGAGAAUCUUGCACAGUUGAUACGGCAACCGAAUCAAAAUUCCGCUCCUUCUGUAAUCAAUGAUAACGGCAGUGUCCUUCACUCCAUCAUCUCUCAAGCGCAUGUAGGUCAACCAUCAGUACGUUCUUGCAUUUGUCAAGGAUCAACUUGUGGAAGUGAAAUAGGAUACUCUGUUCCAAAAGGAAUUAUUGUCAAAGAACCUCCACCUGCCUUGGGACCAAUACCAGAACGUCCUGAACGCAGCAAGCAAAAAGCAGCGCCAGUGUUACCUCCUAAUGAUGAAAAUAAUGAUUCGAUUGUAUCGUUUUUCAAGAAGAAUCAAAGUCAAAAUACUAAAGUUGGAAGGAAAAAAUUCGCGCCUUCUGUUGUAACCACAAAUGCCGUGGAAAAAACAGCUUCCAACGCUAGAACAUCUCGUAUCAACACUUUGCCCCGUUCACAGUCUGCUACUCGUCCAAAAGGAAAUGCUGCACGUUCAACUGAACAACGAACGCGAUCCGUUGUUCCAAAUUAUUCCGAAGCUACUACUGAUGAUAGUGAACUCAUGAAUUCCGCUUUGAAAAGCAAGGUAGCCGUGGUUAUUAAUCACGUAUCGGAGGCUAAAUUGACCAAAAAUAAUGUUAGAAAUAAAAGGCAGGCUGACUCGUCUGUUGAACCUAAGAAGAACAAACGCGUGAAAAAUUCUUCGAAACAGGAUGACGAUAUCAAUAUAACCAAGAAUUCUCUACGAAACUUCCCAUUAGUAACGCUGAAAAAGAAUAGGAAAAAACCAGCCAAUGACAACUCUAAAACGAAGCGUGUGUCUAAAAAGCAAUCAGAAACAAAGGAAAAUCAACCUGUUGCAUCUGUUCAAGCAGAAGCUAAUGAAGACCGAAACAUUUGUGGAUAUGAUCAAACCGAUCAAGAAAUGUUUGGCGAUUUUUCCACCAUUAUAAACGAUACGAUUCAUAUGAGAGAUUCUCCUAAUAAUGUUUUGAAAAAUGUAACCAAGGUUUCCACCAAUAAGAACGAUCAACCGUCGCAUAUCUUUUCUCCUUUUUCGAAUAUACGUUCAACUAGCGGCGUCAGUGCGAUCUCCACGCCCCUGUCUAAAACAUUGCCGAAAACUUUGAUUAAUAAACGACUGAAAAAACCAGACGUAGCUUCGGAAUUCAAAAGUGCCAAACCUCGGCCAGUUAAGCGCAUUGUGCAAAAUGAUGUUGUCCGUCUUGAUGCUUCGCAAGAAUCAGAAUAUGGCACUUCUGAUUUCAGUGAUGCUGAGGAUGUUUCCGAUGAGUCGUAAUCGUGUUUUAACUUGUGAUUGUGCUUAUGUUUGUCAGUUUUUGUAAUUAUCUAUUUUUAUAAUUCAUUUACACGUGAACGAGUACAUAUUAUUGUUUAUUCUAAUAUACAUUUUUAUCGUUCGAGUUUUUGUAAUUUAAAUUAAGUAUUUUAAUUUUAUAUUCCUAUCUUGUUGUAAUUUUUGAACUCAUAGAGUUAUUUUAAAUACAAUUUUCUCGAAUUUUUUUCGAACGAA